CCAUGUACAAAAAUCAAUUGAGAAAGUUUCUGUUAUGACCAUUUCAAAAUAAGAGUGAUUAAAAACAACUUCAUGACUGUUAAAAAUGGAUAAAUUCUUCAUCGACCUAGUGGAACAAAUUACUAUUAGAACUAGAGUACAUGACCAAAAUAUAAAUUAUAGGGGAAGGUCAGCCAUAAACUGUUAGGAUGUCUGACUUGGAGGAUGAUACUGCUCCGGAGACAUACAGAUACAUAAGCAAGCCAGGAAAAUUGAAAUGGAAAGCGAAGCCCAAAAUUGGAUCCCUUGAAAAGAUCUCUCACAUGCCAGGUGGUGGGGAUGUUAUUCUGGAGAAAAACAGAAUUUGUUGGAAGAAAGAAGCCAAAAUUGGUUCUCUGGAUAAUAUCAACCAUAAGCCCUUGGGUGGAAACAUGCCCAUAUUUGACCAGAAACCAAAAUGGGAGAAAAAAUCAAGAUGUGGAUCUUUGGGUAAUAUCCAUUAUAAACCAGGGGGAGGAGAUGUGGACAUCAACAAUGUUGAAGGUACUAUGAGAUGGGGAAAGUGGAAGCCUCUCCCAAGCAUUAACAUAAGUGGAGAUUCCAUGAAUGAGUGGGUGGAUGAAAAACCAAAGAAAGGAUCUACAGGAUUUUUUAGGACUUCUAAUACAGGUGCCUUGGAGUAUUCAACUCAGAGACCACUAAGUAGAGGAGUUGAUUAUUUCACAAAAACUGAACCAAAUCCAAAUUUUGAUUAUGAAGCAUAUGUGAAAAAUAUGGAAGAAUUAAAAAUAAUCGAUGAAAGUGAUUUUGUGAAAUCUAAGAAAGCUGAAGCGAGGAUACAUAAGCCUAAACAAUAUAAAGACAAGCAAGGGUUCAAAGUUGAAGUUAAAAAGACCAAACAUAACAAACAAACCACUCACAAGGGUGUUCAUCUGAGUCCACUCCAUGUAUCACAUGAUGAAAACUCUUACAAUGCAAAUGUUCCUCCCAACCAUGACAGUCUUGGUGCUACAACUGGAUACAAUUCCAACUUUCUCCUAAAAAGAAAAGGGAAACGGCCAAAGAAAACUCUUGCUAAUAGAAACAAUUAUGAGCAUGAAGGAAGUCCUAGAAGUGAAGCCCAAACAAGGAACAGUCAUACUCCAACAUAUGGAUCAUUAUACCAGUCAACCAAAAUGAACAAUGAUAAAUCAAUUUCUAGAUAUAACCAGCGAAGUCCAUAUUUGAUGGAAUCUGUUAGAACGCAACAUGAAACUCCCAAAUUGAUGAAACCUCUCAACAGGCCUAUGGGUUAUGUCCCUCAGUCUGUGAGAAAUGAUUCACAUUUAGAUACUAGGUCUUCAGUGUUUUUAAUUAGAUAA